AUGAAGUUUCUUUGGUUUAGAUGUGAUAUCAUUCUUCCCUCGGCUGCAUUGGCAGUUGGUGUUUUAGCAGUAGCUCUUGCUGGGUUUUUCAUCAAACGAGAGUUGGAGGGCACAGAAAAUACAGAACAGCAUUGCACAAUGGCACAUGAGGCUCCAGAGAAUGUAGAACGUUUUAAGUCAGAGGGCCAUUCCGCAUUUGUUCUUGGACAUACUGGAGAAUUGGGAAAAGUUUUGGUCGAUGAACUCAACAAGCUGAAGAUUUUCAAAAAGGUUGUCCUGGUUGGACGUCGCGAAAUUCCACUAGAUGUUGGUCCUGAAUUUGAACAAAAAGUUGUUGACUUUGAAAAUAUUGACGAUUAUAAGGAUGUCUUCAAAGACCUUGACACUGGAUUCUCUUGUCUCGGCACUACUAGAGGCAAGUCUGGAGUGCAAGGUUUCAUCCGAGUGGACCAUGAUUACGUCCUGAUGUCAGCGGAGGUGGCCAAGGCUCAAGGCUGCAAGCAUUUCUCGCUCGUGUCGUCGCAGGGUGCAGAUAAAAAUAGCAGCUUUCUGUACCCCCGCACAAAAGGCCAGGUUGAGGAGGCACUAAAAGUUAUGCAUUUUGACCGAUUGUCAAUUUUCAGACCAGGUGUUCUGAUGGUUGACCGGGAAGAAAGUCGACCCAUGGAGGCAGCAUUCCGGGCACUUCUAAAACCAGUAUCCUAUUUUUUCCCAACUGCAAUAUCGGUGCCAGUAAGAAUCGUAGCCUUAGCUUUAAUCAACAAUGCUGUGGCUCCACCCAGUGGUUCAACAUUUGAACUCUAUGACAACAAAGCUAUUCAUCAGAUUUCGGGUAUUUCCAAAGGAUGUGGUGUGAAACGCAGCCAGUCUGCACCAGAAAGAACCAGAACAGAUUAG